CCAGCUUGAGCAAAGACUCGGGGCAGCCGAGGAAAGUGUUUUGCGUAGGACGAGAGCCUGGAACUUGUAACCUCUGCCCCGCCCCCGCCGCUAGGAAUCUACAGAUCUCAUAGCAAAGAACGAAGGAGGGAGGAGCUAGUUGUCCUUAACCAAGAUGGCAGCCUCCCCGCCCCUUUGCACUCUACCAAGAUGGCUCCACAGGAAGUACGUCAGGAAUGGGGUGGGGCAUCUGCGCGCGCACGCCAGAACGGGAUUUUGGGGCACCGGCGGCUGAAUUCUUCCUUUGGCAACAUGGCGACGGCAAGCAGUGUCGGCGGUGGCAGGCCCCGCUCGAAAACCAAUGCCGAUUCUGGUUUCCUGGGACUGCGGCCCACUUCGGUGGACCCGGCGCUAAGGCGGCGACGGCAAGGCCCGAGAAAUAAGAAGCGGGGCUGGCGGCGGCUCGCUCAGGAGCCGCUGGGGCUGGAGGUUGAUCAGUUCCUGGAGGACGUGCGGUUGCAGGAGCGCACGAGCGGAGGCUUGGUUUCGGAGGCCCCUGAUGAAAAACUCUUCUUCGUGGACACUGGCUCCAAGGAAAAAGGUGAGGAGGGGCUUUUGUGGCCUGCAGCCUCUGAGAUCUGUGUUACAGACGUGGCUUGGAAGACAAAUAACCUGCUAAAAGGGUCAGCUUUUUUUUUUUUUGAGACAGGAGUCUCAGUGAUCUCCAUGCACAGAUAA